UACUGCACACGGUCGGCUGGGAUUUAGAGAACUGGGUCUUGAGCAUGAAAACAAACCUACUCAUGCAGAGGAAAUGUGCAAUUCUGCAGGGAAAGAGAGGCAGGAAAAUAAGGAUGGGCAAGGGAGAGCUUUGGACAGAUAGUUCAAACAUUUGGAAACUCCCUCCUUUUCAAUAUGCAGAGGACAGAGCGAAGACUGAACUCAGCAGGCUUUCAGUACAGCCUGCCAGAGACGCCACAGCUCUCUGCAGCUGCCUCUUCAGGAUUUUAGUUUCUGUGUACUUCAUCAUUUAAUCAAAUGUACCAUGAAUGGAAAGCUUAAAGAAGAAAACCCGAAGUAGUAGUUUAUUCCAAAGAGAAAGUCACCGCCGGUGCUAAAGAAGAAAAAUAUCUGUAGGAACAAAAAAGGAAAAUCAAGUGAGUAAGAGGUAACCAUGCAAGCAGGAGGAAACCAGCAGAGAAACUUUGUCCUGUUUGUGUUGAGACUGUCCGUUACUUUGGAAGUCUGCAGGGUCCUGGGUUGUCGGAUUGGCACCGGACCAGAGUGUGAGAAGGCUCCUUUUGUCCCAGGCCACAACCUGGCUGGGGAGGGUUUUGAUGUGGUGCGGCUGCGUCGCACAGGGGCGUACGUCAUCAAUGUCAAAGCUCAUCUGGAUGACAACCGUACCUGCACACUGUGUCCAAACAGGUUCCAAGGCGGGCAGAUUCAGAGGCUCCCAGCUGCAGUGUUGGACUGGCGUCUCUUCAGCCGCUGCAGUAAGCAGCUGUCUAGUGCACUCCACCAUUCUGUGGACUCCCUGCUGCGUAGCUCCAACUCGCUGGUGAACAACAACUGGGGUUUGGGUUUGAGCCUGGAGAAAAUAGGCCAGGCGGUGCUGGGAGGAAGCCGCUCAGAUUUGGCCAAGUUUGCGCGCUCGCAGCACAGUGUGGACAAAGCUACGUUUGCCAUGCACGAAAUCAGUUGUUCCUAUUACAGCUACAGGCUGGCCGAUCAUCCCCACCUGAGCUCAGAGUUCACAAAGCAUCUGAGGAGACUCCCACAGAGCUUAAACACAAUCCAGAACAAAGCCCUGUACAGACGCCUCAUAGACACCUAUGGAACGCAUUACAUACACCAGGUGCAGCUUGGGGGUAAGGUGAGGCGGAUCACUGCUUUCAGGACUUGUCUGGCCACACUGAAGGGCUUCUCGGAGUCAGAGAUCAAGAACUGCCUGAAUCUUGAACUCCGGAUGGCUCUUGGUUUUCUUCCCGCUAAUGCAACUUUCUCCAACAAGUGUGACAAUCUUCUGAAGGGUAACAUGAGCAUGGGCUUCUACCAGGGCUUCAUGACGCACAAGAUUGAGGUGAUAGGAGGAGAGCAGUAUUUCCCUGACAUUCUCUACCAGCAGGACCCCUCGGAGGCAUACCACAGCUGGAUGAACAGCCUCCACAACAACCCAGACGUGGUUUCCUAUGCCAUCUUUCCUCUGCAUCAUUUGGUGGAGGACAAUCAGAUCAGUGAAAAUCUGAGAAGCAUGAUCACACAGUACAUAAAUGAGAACCAGCUGGAAGAGGAGCAGCUUGGCCCGAAGAACUGCUCCCCGACUCCCAACCUGGAUCACAACUGCUGUCCUUUACGGGCCGGCAGAGGAACUCUGAGUCUGGAAAUCCACAGAGCCGCAGGAUUGAGGGCCGACACCUUCACAAAAACGGAUGCAUACGUGAAGAUCUUCUACAGCGGCAUGUAUGAGGAGACCGAGACUGUGAUGGACAACAACGACCCAGUCUGGAACGCCACAUAUGACUUUGGUUCAGUGGAGCUGGGUCAGGAGUUGAGGUUCGAAGUCUGGGAUAGGGACGUUCUUUACAAUGACAUGGCAGGAAUAUGCAUCGUCUUUCCUGAGAAAGGAACUCACUCUUUAAGCUGUCAGCUGCGCAAAGGAGUUCUCUAUUUUACCUACGCCAUUAGCUGCGACGCACAUUUGACAGGGUUUAGAUGUGGCCGAUAUUCUCCACAUGCUGAGUAAAUAAGUAUUUAGCCUCUCAGUGUUUAGUUCUUCGUUUUUCAAAGAGAACUUCUAACCUAUGUUCUAGGUAGUAAUUGGCACUCAGACAGAUAGUAAGAGACUUCAGGGCUUUCUUAAACCAUUUUUAAUCACCUAUUAACUUUUUUAAUUUGUAAAAGGUUGUAUAUAUCAUUGGUAGUCUAAGUAAAAGUAAAUCUCUAUUCAGGACCUUGUUUUUAACAUAAUGCUAUAUGUUAAUCACUCAGCCUCCUUCAUAAGCUUUCUGCACUUAACCUUUCACCUGCAUUGUACAAGUGCUAGCUGUGAAAUCAACUUCAAAAUUUAUUAAAAAAAAAUAAAAUAAAAUAAAACUCUAAAGGCUAAUAUUUAUUCCUUAUGGUAUAUCUUAAAUUAUUUUAAAUUAAAUUUGUGUAAAUUAUCUUGAGACCCUCCUCAAGCGUCUCAAGAUUGGGAGCUGCUCUAAUGUACUCAUUAGAGCAGCAUGGGCUCAAGCUAAUGCAGAAGUCAAAUGGCAAUUUUGCAUUUGCAUCACUGAUGAGAAUAUCAGGACCACAUAAGCUGUGGGUUCACACUGGAAAUGUGAGCUGAGGAAAUAUGUUACUGCGUAUCGUGGUACAGAACAUCCAACCACAGGCUGCAUUCAGACAGGACUUUUUUUCAAACAGAAAAAAGAGGGGAAAGUUAUCGGUAUUAGGUGAGGAAAAAUACAUCUGCCUUAGAUGUGAGUGACAGAGAUGCUGAACAAAAGGAAAAAGCAAAAAAAUUAAUGCUGAUGAAAGAAGAGGUGCUCAGUACUCCAAAGUGAUUGGGAGAGACAGUGCUGUUACAAGACAAAGUGGAUAAGUUUACAACAUUACUUAAAGCUUCUCUCCACACCAGGUUGUGGGAAACAGGAAACUAAGUCAUAGUUGAAUUACCUACUGGAGUUCGUUAUCAGAAUAUGACACGUGCAAAGAAAUAUGAGACUAAUGAGCCCACAGAAGAAUAUUAUGAACAAGUAUCAAUUCCUGAAAAGAGGGAAUGUGAAGUAGACAAAAAUGUGGACACUUACACUUCAGCACCACAAGAGGGCUCUCGCGGCUCAGACAGAUAUGUGAAAAAAAUUAUGGCGAGGAAAUAAGUCUUAAAAUACCUGUGCGUAUGCAAUACUGGAUUUGUGAUCCAUGUAAGCCUGUAAGACAUACAAUUAUCUCUAAUCCUCAUUCUAAGAUGCACAUUGAAGUUAUUAAUUCAGGGUCUAAGCACCAAAAAUGUAAUUUUGUCAAUAGAGCUAACCUUAUUGCUGCUUUGUCUUUGUGUCUCUCUCCAGGUCAAAAUAUAAUCUGUAUUAUAAUUGUGUCCAAACAAUAAUGAUCUUAAGGUUAAAAUAAUUUUAUCUUCAAUAUGUUGAACAUUUCUAAAGCACUUUUAACAUUUUCAGAAUUGGAAAACAUCAAUAUCUGUUUGCUAUGCCUGUGUGUGUAAGAGUUGCCAAAGUCAAAUAAAACAGGAUGUGAAUCCCUAA